AUGAGUGCCAGGAGUAAGUUUGAAUACAAUCCUUUCUCAACAUGGACGUUUUGGGCCACCUCAUCAGUAGCGGGCGCCUUCGUCCUCACAAGAUAUGAGAUUGUGCCGCCAUGGUUCAAGACCACAGCGUCGUUGUUGUUUCUGGCGCAAUGGUUCACAUAUUUGACGUACACCAUCGUCAUCUACCCACGAUUCGUCAGUCCCUUGCGACAUCUACCCGAACCAGAUGGCAACGCCUUCUUUUCUGGACAAUGGAGCAAGAUCGUGAAGGAGCCUUCUGGCAUUCCUUUGCGACGGUGGACGAAUGAAAUUCCCAACAAUGGCUUGAUCCGCUACCGCCAUCUCUUCAACCGCGAUCGAGUGCUAGUCGUAUCACCGAAGGGUCUUGCGGAGGUCAUGGUCACCAAAUCCUACGACUUUGUUAAGCCCGACUUCAUCGCUGCUGGGAUCGGCCGCAUCCUCGGAAUGGGCAUUUUGUUCGCGGAAGGCGACGAACACAAGAAGCAACGCAAGGCGCUUGGGCCAGCAUUCAACUUUCGCCACAUCAAGCAGCUCUAUCCGAUCUUCUGGACCAAAUCCGUUGAGAUGGUCGACGCGAUCAUCUCGCAGUCUAUCGGCGAGUGGGCGUCCCGAGCCACCCUCGACAUCAUUGGCGUAGCCGGCCUCGGCCAAGACUUCGAUUCUAUCGCAAAGCCAGACACCGAGCUCAACAGAGUCUACCGCGCAAUCUUCCAGCCCUCGCGCACAGGCCAGAUUCUCGCACUCCUCCAGUUCUUCAUCCCAUCUUUCAUCAUCCAAAACCUCCCCAUCAAGCGCAACGAAGACGUCAUGGCCGCCUCCAAAGUCGCCCGAGACACCUCGCAACGCCUGAUCGACCAGAAACGUCGCGCUAUCGCCGCCAAGCAAGAACUCUCGCCAGACAUCACCUCCAUUGCGCUCGAAUCCGGCGGCUUCUCUGACGAAGACCUCGUGAACAACAUGAUGACCUUCCUCGCCGCCGGCCACGAAACCACCGCUUCAGCCAUGACGUGGGCCCUCUAUUCCAUGUGCCAGCACCCUGAGACUCAAAAACGUCUCCGCGAGGAAGUCCGCCAGCACAUCCCCGAUCCGCAUUCUACAGCCAUCACCAGCGAGAUCAUCGACAACAUGCCCUAUCUUCACGCCAUGUGCAACGAAACACUCCGCAUGUGGUCGCCCGUCCCGCUCACGCUACGUGACGCAGCAGUCAACACGACCAUCCUCGGCCAGUUCAUUCCCAAAGGCACCAAAGUCAUUCUCUGCCCCUGGGCAGUCAACUUCUCCAAAGAGCUCUGGGGACCCGAUGCCGAAGUGUUCAACCCGGAACGCUGGCUCGCACCGGGGCAAGCGAAUGCAGGCGGGGCGCAAAGCAACUACAGCUUUCUGACGUUUCUGCACGGGCCGAGGAGUUGUAUUGGGGAGAAGUUUGCGCGGGCGGAGCUGGCGGCGCUGUUGGCGGCGUUUGUGGGAAAGUUUGAGGUUGAAUUCAGGGAUAAGGCGGAUGGGGAGCAUAUUCUGAUCAAGGGCGGCAUUACGGCGAGGCCAAGAGAUGGGUUGUGGUUGAAGAUACGGGAGGUUCCUGGGUGGUGA